GUUCCGUUUUGACUAGAAAAAUAUGUGGUCACCGUAUUAAUACGGGGAAAAAAAAUUUGCAGAAGACAGCAAAAGUAAUUAUGAAUGUUGUCAUUCAAGUGGAUAUAAAAAGAAGGAAAAAAAAAAAAUCGAAACACCAUAAAUAAUAAAUAGGCAUGCGUAAAAUGAACGAUGCAUUAUUGUAUCACUCCUUCCUAUUCCAAUCAUUAUAAUACUUGAUAAAAACCGUUGUAACAUGAUAAAAAAAAAAAUCACUGAACAGCUUGUGUACAAUGAAUGGUAUUAUUCAUUCGUCAAAUAGGAUUUACAGUUUUACUUUUUAGGAUUUUUACUAUAAUAUAUUCGUUAAAUAUCAAACAAUGGUGGUCGUUGAUUAUUCGAUUAACGGUCUUUACCAGCGUGAUGAUUAUGAGCUUAGUGAUGAACAAAGACGACAGCAUCUACAAUUACUUAAAGAUGAUGCCGCUAUCGAUAUGGCUGUAAGUAACUUUUGCCCACGAUUGCGUCGAGCCUUGGGUUUUCUCUCUCGUCAUAAAGUUGGUCCAUUACAACAACGUGUCUAUUUAUCCGAUUUUCAAAGUUCCUCUACACUUUCUUCACUACCAAUAAUUGACUCAAGUUCAAGUACGCAGCCUGAUCCGCGUAAUGACAGGUUUAUCCUUUCCUUACCGUAUUUGAGUGAAGAACUGCCAACAGCAUACGGCCAUUAUAAUAUGGUACGUUGGUCAAUAAUAGCACAAUGUAGCCAUCCAGACAGAGCACCUGAAGUUAUUUUACUUGGAAUGGAAAAUUCAUUUCCAGAACAAUCAGAAGUCACAAUGCGUCGAUUACAGCGACCUCAACACCUCCAACGUCGUCAGAAUCAAAGUAAUCAAAUUAUUCAAGAACAUUUUUGGCAACAGUAUGUGACCAGUGAUAUAUUUUACAUACCAUGUUUAACAAAAUGGUACAAAAUGAGCAAUGAUAAUUCUUCUUUAUUGCAAUAUUGUGUACUAGCAGAUCAGUUGUAUGAAUGUUAUGCCAAUUUUCAGCUUUACAAACUUAAAAUGUCAUUAAAAUCAACACCGUCAAUGAUGCAACCUCUACCACAAUUGGUUCAAGCUUUUACUCAAUAUAAACAGUUAAUCAAAUGGUCCAAAUCAACCGUGGUAGAUGUAGAUACUCUAACAACUAAUAUCAAGGUUGAACUAUAUACUAAUUUGGAGGGUGGUACCAUUACAAAAGAUUAUGAUGAUCGGCGUAAUCAAGUAACUUCAUGUUUAGUGCAUAUACGCGCAAUAAUCAGUAUUGUUUCAUCUGAGCCAACAGCGUCAGCUUUAUCAAUAACCUCUGAUAAUGAUGAAAAUAAAUUAUUACUACACCUAGCUUCAGUAACUACAACUUUUCCAUCUAGUGGAUCUUUUAAUAAGAAAUCAACUUCACCAAAUAAUACCAAUGGUAGUUUAAAUAAAAAAUAUGUUGUAAGAAUCCUUAACCCGAAAUUGAGCCGUAACACUCAUCAAGGAGCCAUGAUGAUGAUGAUGUUAGACGCUACAACAGAGCAAUGUUUAGACACAUUAAUGAUUGAUUUUGUAACAUAUGUUCGCCGAGUACAACAUGCUGCUAUUCGUGCAUACAGUAGUGAAAUUUCAAAUAGUGAAGAAGAAAUUAUAUCUUCUGAUGACAAUGAUGAUAAUUCCAUUCAGUUGUUGUUUGAAGCGCUUACUGAAGUAUUUUGUAAAUCACCUAUUAAUGGUAAUUGUUUACUAGAUUAUCAAAUAAGCUAUUAUAACACUAUUACUAGAAAAACUACAAAUUUUAUUCGAUAUUUAUUGGUUGAUAUUGAAUUAAUGACUGAAACUAAUUCACAAUUAAAAUAUAUAUUAACAAUUGAGUUCAAUAAAGAAAACUUUGAAGAAUGCCAAACUACAGUGGAUAAUAAAGAAACUUAUUUGACAAGAACAAAAUUUGUUCCCGUUGUUGGAUUGCGUUCUAUUUAUGAUGAUGAAAAUAGUGAUCACUAUUUAAAUAUAGAUUUUUCUCAUUUAACUGAAGCUGACAAGGAUCAUGUAAAGUAUUAUGAUGAGUUGGCCUCAAUCAUUGAAAGAGCAACUGUGAAUGGUAUGCGGAAAUUACGUCAACACUCACUAGCUCCAGUGUUGACUCGUUAUAAUAAACAAUGGUUACCUAAUGACAGUUAUUUUAGCUCUUCAUUAGCUCCACCACCAUAUCCAUCACCAUAGAAUAAAAUUAAAUACAUUUUUUUCUAUUUAUUUGUGUUAUAUAAUUUUUGAACAUUUUAAUA